AAAGGCGCCGGGAUAGGAUUCGGCUAUACAGUGUAUAAGGGCACUACUCUUAUAUACUCCGGUAAAAGACCCCUCGUAAACGCCGAAGUCUUUAACGCGGAGAUCGUAGGAGCUAGGGCAGGACUAAACGCCGCGCUAGUAAGGACCUCCCCCUCUAUAAAGAAUAUCACUAUCUGCCUCGAUAACACUACGGUAAUCUAG